CAUCCCUUCCUCCGGCCUCUUUAAUCCCUGAGUCCCUGUGCGUGGAGAAAAAGGAGUCUGCGAGAGUGCGAGAGGUUGUGAGAGAGAGAAGAAGGCCGGAUGACUGUACGGAAGAGAUCUGGGCCGGCAGCGGCAUCGGUGGAAAGCCGUCCAGCCGGUGAAGGUCUGAAUGGUGGAUCAAAAGGCAUGCAGCCCUCCUCUUCAACGGAGGACCCUCCCAUUAUCCGCCCGAAGUUGGGGCAAAUUCUGGCGAUCUCUGCAGCCUGCAUGGCUCCGUUUGUCUACCUCUUUUUCUUCCAUUACGAGAUCGACGCCGAGCUUAAGCGCUCCGUCCUCAUCAACGCGGCUAUGAGCGUUGGCGGCUUCGUCGUCGUUGUGAUGCUGAUUCCGGUCGCUUCGACGUACGUUCUGAGAAGGAAUUUGUUCGGUUACGACAUCAAUAAAAGAGGUUCCCCCCAAGGAACAAUUAAAGUGCCAGAGUCACUGGGUAUUGUUGUUGGGAUUGUAUUUUUGGUUGUCACGAUUCUGUUCCAACAUUUCAACUUUACUUCGGAUUCUGAUUGGCUUGUUGAGUACAAUGCAGCACUGGCCUCUAUAUGCUUCAUGCUUCUUCUUGGUUUUGUUGAUGAUGUCCUUGAUGUCCCUUGGAGGGUGAAAUUGUUGCUACCAUCAUUUGCAGCACUUCCCUUAUUGAUGGCAUAUGCCGGACAUACAACCGUCAUUGUUCCAAAACCUCUGAUUCCUUAUGCUGGGUUAAAGGUUCUAGAUUUAGGUUGGAUAUAUAAAGUAUAUAUGGGACUUCUAGCAGUAUUUUGCACUAACUCUAUCAAUAUUCAUGCUGGUUUAAAUGGCCUUGAGGCAGGACAAACAAUUGUUAUUGCAUCUGCUGUUUUGAUACAUAAUGCAAUGCAAAUUGGACGUUCCUCAGAUCCUGAAUAUCAGCAAGCUCAUGCAUUCUCUAUUUACCUCAUGCAGCCACUGCUAGCAACUUCAUUGGCUCUCCUUUCUUAUAAUUGGUAUCCAUCUUCUAUUUUUGUUGGUGAUACGUACACAUACUUCGCUGGGAUGGCAUUGGCUGUGGUCGGCAUACUAGGCCAUUUCAGUGAAACUCUCUUACUUUUCUUCCUUCCUGAAGUUCUAAAUUUCCUAUAUUCAUGUCCUCAGCUUUUUAAGAUCAUUCCAUGCCCACGACACCGUCUUCCAAGGUUUGAUCCACAAACUGGAUUGCUGACGGGAACCAAGGACAUGAACCUUGUCAACUUGUUCCUGAACCUAUUUGGUAGAUGUACAGAAAAGUCCCUCUGUAUUCGGCUACUCCUUUUCCAGGCUAUAUCGUGUCUCUGUUGUUUCGGACUGAGGCAUCUCCUUGCUGGUUGGUACAAGUAAUGCAGCAUGAUGUUAACUUCGGUAUUGAUUUCAUGUGCACAAGGGAACGCUUCCUUGUUUCCUCUGUUGAAACAUUGCCUGGACAAGGUAAAUGAACGGGUUCUGUGAGGAUUCCACAGAAUUUGGUUUCUUAUGUUGCCAAUGAUAAUGCAAAAAGCUAAGCCAAGCCAGUUGCUCAAGAUUUGUGUAUUCAGAAAGGUCUACAUUCAUCUGCCUCCUGUCUGUAUGGUUUAAUGUUCAUUUAACACUCAAGGCUGAUCUGGAGAAAUUUUAUUUAAUCUGCCAUGAAUUGUGAUUUUUCA